AUGUCCCGAUAUGCCGGCGCAGCACCAUCGGCUCCGCGGAGGGGGCCGCAUUGGUCCCAUCACCUGCGACAGUCGAGCACAAACUCGGAUCGCGCAUCCGAGGUGUCAGUGUCGGCGGCCUCGCCAGGCAGCAUGUCCACGCACUCGACGCUGAAGGAUGCCAAGGAUGAGAAGCCGCGCAAGGCUGAGCACUACUGCGCCGUCACCGUCAACGAGGGAUAUUCGCGAGACGAGGUGCUGCUGAACCUGGACCUGAUUGGCGGCGAUAUUAAGCCGGGCACCCUGAUGUCCAUUGCUGUCGUCAAGUCGGACUUGUCAAAGUCGUCGGCUGGAUUUGGAAGCUUCAAGAAGCUGGCGCAUGACGAUAAUAGCAGUCUGCGAUACCAGAAUGCCGGUCCUUGCGAUCCGAACAGCCUGGGCUAUCAGUACAUCUUUGUCGCAAAGGACAUGCCCAAGGAGGUCAAGGCCCGGCAGCCUGAGGCGGAAGUAUAUGUCGUGAAGCACAUUGCAGACACUUUUGGAAUGAAGAAGGGAUCCAUUGUUCUGCUGACACCGGUUGACGACGAUCACCCCGUUACCGAAGCUACGCACGUUGAAAUGAUCUUCAAAGACCAGUAUCUCUCACGAGCGGAUAUGUGGCGGGUGGCCGUCGGAGAGCUUGCGCAGAGGACGGUGUACAAGGGACAGUCGCUUCUCUUCAUGGGCACCAUAAAGGCCCAGGUCACCACAAUCUUUGCCAAUGGGAACAGCGUCCAUUCUGGCUUCUUUGGACGGGAGACGCGGCCAAUCUUUCGCAGCGAAUCGGCCAGAUACGUGCUCUUCAUCCAAAUGUCCAAGGAAAUGUGGGACUUUGACGCUGAUAGUUCCGGCGAAAUCAUGUUCAAUAAAGUUGUCAACGGAUUUUUGCCAGCCCUGUUUAAGAGGUGGGUUAAGCUGAAAGUAAAACAUCUGGUUAGCAUUGUGCUAUUUGCGCGUGUCGAAUAUGACACGGGCCUGUCGAACGAGCUGGACGCGAGCGGGCUCCAAUCGGAUUACUAUACGGGAAUUCAGCCCUAUGGGAAUCGCCGGCCUUAUAAAGACUUCUAUCGAGUCGUAGUGAGCGAGAUGGCCAGUGGAGAAUGGACGAAAAUCCUGUUCCAGUUAAAGAAGGAACUCAACUACUUUCGAAGAGACAUCACUUUGCAUCACCAAACAGCAAAUCCAUCAGACGGCUCCAAGGAUACUGCGCCUGGGGACGAACCUGUCCGCCGAAUAAAGGCCGAAUCUUCCUUUUCCAUCCACGGCAAUAUCUUGGAGGCCAUCAAUCUUGCAUGCGCCCAGUUCUCUCACGAUUAUAUUGACCGAGACUUGACUAGGACAGGCAUCUCCGUCGCCGUCAUUAGUCCGGGGGCCGGUAUCUUCGAAGUGGAUUAUGAGACACUACGAAGAACUACAGAGGCCCUUGUGGGGAAUGGCAUUGGAAUUGACCUGAUUUGCAUGGCUCAAAUGCCCCUUCACUCCGUUCCACUAUUCAGAUAUCGGAAUCCGCGGUUCUCGUACGCGGACGAUUUAUCUCAGGAUCGCCAUCAUUCGCUGUCCAGAUCCUUUCAUAGCCGUGAGAGCACGCCAAAUCAGCAGACCCCCAUUGUUGGAAGCUUCCAGUCCGGUGGCGGUUCAUUCUCGCCUUCCAAAAGCAGAGAUAUGAUACGCCGCGUUGAACAUCUUGAUCCUCAAAGUAGACGUGACGAAUGGUGCUAUGUCCUGCCUCAGUGGCUGCAUGUUUCGUUCUGGACUGGUAUAUCGAACGAGGCACUGUCAUAUGCGGGCGUUGCUUUGUCCGUGUCUAAUAGAGUGGAGCAAAACGACGAUGACGAUUUCAGAAUAAGAUGUCGGAUGUACGACCUCCAAAUGAGGAGUGCCCUUGAUACGAAUGAGAUCGAAAUCACGUCUCUGCAUUCGGAUAUCAAUUAUCCCAGUAACAUCUUUGAGAAUAGUAGCCUCUUGAAGAGACGUCAAGAGGCCAUCGACGACCUCUGGUAUAACCCACCGAUCCGCCUUACAGAUCAUAUAAACGAAAACAUCCAUGGCUUUCAAAGGUUCGCCACUGACAGGCUUAGUCGACCUUCAGACAGACCGUGGUGGAAGCAGCUACAAGAUUUUGAUGAUUCUAGAGCCAUCUUGACUCACCAUAGGCGUCACCACCAUCAUGGCUCAGAAGCAGGUCUCAGGUCUGAUGAAAUUCGGAGGCACCACAUGGAGGACUUGAAUGUCCUGGGCACAUCGCUUCCGGAAAAGAAACUGUACAGUAGCUUUCCAUCUGCCAGGAAGCUCUCGAUGAAUCAGGCCGAGAUAGAAAAGCCGAAUAUUUUCCCCAAGAGGACGUUCCCAGAUCCGCUAUCUGCAAACGCCCUGCCAUCUCCUCCGCCUCCUCCUCAGCCGCAGUCGUUUACCUCAGCUCCUUAUCAGUCGGCCACUCUUACCAAAGUCCCCUCAGCUCCAAAAGUGCCUAAAUUCAUGAAACAAAUCAGUCUUGGGCAACGAGGCUUUGGCAUAGCAGCUCCAAAGAUUGUAGCGGCUGAGGUGAAAACAGAAAAUGUCAACGCAGCAGUUACCAAAACAAACGUACCAUUGACUCCUCGAUCACGCUCAGAUAUGAGGCCGUCUACGCCUCAGACUAUUAGAAGCCAGUCGCCAUUUUCAAUCACUAAGCUCAGAGCAGAAGCCACUGAUCCCAUCAUGGAGAGGAUGUCGUCAACGCCAAGCAUCCCCAUCUUGAAAAAGAACGGAUCUAACCGCCACGAUAUAGGCACACACAAUCUUAAAACAGGAACUUCUGCUCAUCCUUCGGCAUCGCGCAUUCGCAGUGAUAGCUUUGGGGAGGAUGAUCACGAAAUGUAUCAGAGCAUGUUUCGACCAGAGGACCAGAAAAUGAUUUUGAAUAAGCUUCGAGCUGGCGUUGGCGUUGGAGUUGGCGUCGCACCAGAACCCCCCGCAACGAUUUCGCCUACAUCAGCAGUCAGCCCCUGGCUGGUUUUGCUGAAUCCGUCUCAUCCAGAGAAGAAUCAGAUCAAGGACGCAAAUCUAUAUACCCGUUGGCAGCACAUAUUUCCCCGCAUAUCUGAUAUGAAGAUACAGAAAUGGAAGGCUCUGUGUUGCCCCGCCGCGGUCCCAUUGACGACGGAGUACUUUCCUACUAGGUCGCAGUUCGAUACCGAGUAUCAAAGACAUCCGUAUAGUGUGGAUCAAAAUGCGGAUGAUGAAUUGAGCGAGGAGCCAAAAACAAGACAGGAAUUUAUCAGUGAGCUGAUCAGCUUGCGGUUUUCACAAGGAUUCCAGGUGGUGGUCGGAUCAGCUGUUGCUCAGGCGUUUGGGCAGAAGAUGAUUAAACUUGGUGACAUCUUCUCACGCAAUCAGGUCCUCGAAGACGGCACAAGUAUAUUCAUGUCAGUUGGCAACGUCAUUCACCAACUCUCGUGCGUAAACGGGACAGAGGUUGAAGUCAACAUCUACGUCAGGAAGCCCACGGCAGACAUGUCGGGAUUGCCGGAAGGAUACUCUCCGAUAUAUAAACCAGCCAUUCGUACGCUAUUUGAUACGGACUAUGAGGCUCGACGUAUAGAGCUUUUAGCGAUUCCUAGACCUGAUCGCAAUUGGAACAUGAUUGAUUCGUACGCUGCGGGCCACCACGACGAGAUGAUGGAGAGCCUGCGGUUCUGGAGAGCUCGAUUCGUCCUCAUCCCGCUGGCUGCCCAUAAUCCUUCGGUGCCUAGGACGCAAACCGGCUUGUACCCCGAGGAAAUCAGAAUAGAGGGCAUCAAACGCUUGGCGCAUCUGUGGCAGAAGAAUCGCUACAUACCGCCCUCUGAACGCAGAUUCCAAACUGCUAGAGGGCGUAGGCAGCUAGAUCGCAGCCCCUUGGAUAUUGUCUACAAGACAGAAGACCCCUCUGUUGUCAUUGCAGCCGAGCUGGAAACAUUACCCCUAAUUGAGGGCCUCGAGGGUGGUAUGAGUAAGAAACAUCAACUCGUGUCGAGGAAAGAUCGGUUCGAAAAGUCAAACUUGAAUUUUGCUGUCUUGGCCGAAGCGAUGCAGCAGCCUGUGGAGCAGGGCGGUGUCCCCCUACGGAAUCGUCGCUGGCAUCUGCGGCUUCAUUAUCAUUCUUUCCUCGGCUCUGAUAUGACUUCGUGGCUUCUAGAGAACUUUGAUGAUCUUGAGACUCGUGAAGACGCAGAGGAUUUGGGCAACGCGCUGAUGGUGCCGGAGGAGCCCAAAGGUAAAGACAAAGACAAGGAAACGCCAGAAAAGGAAAGGGAAAAAGAAAAGUCUAAAGGCCUUUUUGUGCACGUCGAAAGACGACAUCGGUUCCGAGAUGGCAACUACUUUUACCAGUUUGCUCCUGAAUUUGCGAAGCAGCAGCCUGGCUGGUUUGGCAGCAAGAAGAAAGAAACCCCCUUGCCCACUACCCCUAUGACAGAGUCGUCAAUUGGGUCGGGUAGAAGCCGGUCGGUGCACGAUGACUACUCUCCGGCGUCUCUGACCAGCACCCCUACGAUGGCAGCACAACAUACAGCCAAGAGCCGUCCCAAGGUAAUUCUUAGCAAGGUCAUCAAAUACGAUGUUGAUCCUAGGAAGAGAUCAUACCGUCCUGAACGAAUUGACCUGCACUACGACCGUCUUCAUAACCCAGACAACUGCUACCACGUUAGGAUCGACUGGAUGAACGCAACCGCGAAGCUCGUAGAAGACGCCGUCGACGUCUGGGAGCGCGAGGCCAGCCAGUACGGACUACGUCUCGUGGAAGUCCCCAUUGGCGAGGCCAGCGCAAUCACAGAAAUCAACCCCCUGCGAAGACCGUAUCCCAUCAAGCUUGCCGUGCAGCCGCCUGAACAAAAGCCCGAGACGUUUUACGACCCCAACUCUUUGGGGCCGCAGACGGUGCCUACAAAGUACUUUUACCAAAAAUCGAUUCUGCGGCACUUUGAUUUCGUGCUCGACAUGGAGGCGGCUUGCAAUUAUCCCGGCAAUGUUGACAUUAUAUACUCUUGGGGACGGCCAGACUACAAGUACACGCAGUAUAUCCAUCGCUCGGGAGUACUGCUGGCUCAAGUAACGGAUGACGGCCAUUUCAUCGUGUUGGCAAACCGCCUGUAUGGCAGGCGAGCCGUCAAAGAGCGAGAAUCCGCCGCAAGAAACUUCACCCCAAUCGACCAGCCCCAUCCCCACAUGGAAAGGGGCACCGGGCGAGCACCAUCGUUUGACUCCUUCAGCCUCUCGGAAUCCAUCAUGGCAGGGUCUUCGAUGCACAUGGGCGGCGCUCCAACACCGUUACAACACCAUGCCGACAGGCACCAUCACCACGCUCCGCACCUCCACCACCAUCACCCGUAUCACCACCACCACACUCCAUACCAUCACCACUCCUCGCCCUCCCUCAAGCCCGUCAACUCCUCCGCCUCGCUCAGCACAAUCCCGUCCCAACACCCGCCGCUGCCGUCCCAAGUCCCAGCCAACCCCACCGCGCACCUCUACGAGCCCGAAGCCAUCAAGGAGGAGCUCGAGGCCUUUUGCUCCGACGCUACCGCCCUCGAGGCGUUCUACAAGGAGACGCUGGAGAGGGGCCAGAUCAUCCAGGGCACGCCGGCAACGGCGGCGGCGGCAAAUCCGCCUGGCCUGGAGGCUGUGCCGGAGACGAGCAUCCCCUCGCUAGGCUUACCGCCGGGCGUACUGGCGUCGCUGGAUAGCGGGGCGGCGAUGAGGAUUGGGAGUCCGAUGAUGUUUUUGAGGAGGGGCAGUGUGCAGUUUGAUGGGCUGGGGUUGGGAGGAUCGAAGAAGUGA